UCGAAUUGCUGACGUGCUUAUAGAAGCAGUGGUUUAGUAUCACGUGACAUAAAUGAACUUUGAAGAUACGAGGUGGCUUGGCAUAGAAUAUUAAUGAAUAAACGUAUAGAGACAAAUAUUGUCACACCUCAGAUUGUUCAAGGUCAGUGGAAGUUCUUUAAAUUAUUAGUAUUAGACAUCCCCGAGGAGGUGAAAAAGCUGAGGGGGGGUGGGAAACCAAUUCUCCAUGUUGCCAGCGUAAACCAUGAAGGAGUAGGUGAUACUUGUAAAGUUGGAUAAAUUUUUGAAAAGUGUUCAACCCCCGUUGAUAACAUAAUGAUUUAAGAGCUCACAACACCUAUGAGAUGUAAGCUUUAGUAUUUCC